AUGGGUAACAACGCCUUCAAGGACAUGGUGGCGGCGCUGCAGUGGGUCCAGGACAACGUCAGGGCGUUCGGAGGAGAUCCAGAGAAAGUCACCAUCUUUGGCCAGAGUGCUGGAGGCAUCAGCGGCGAAAUGCUCAUGUACUCUCCACUAGCCAGAGGGCUGUUCAGAGCCGUCAUAUCGCAGAGCGGCUCAGCCCUUGGAGGCGACCACAUCGUGGACACCAACCGCGAGAUGGCGUUCUGCAUCGGCAACGAGCUGGGCUUCCAGACAGAGGACCCUGCGGAGCUCCUGGCGUUCCUGCAGGCAGCAGACGCGGAGGCUCUCUACCAAACGAGCUGCGGCACGGAGUUCCAGAUAACGGCUGAGCCAGAUGUGGAGGGCGCCUUCAUGACGGCGGAUCACAGCCGGUUGGGAGCGUGGGCGGUCGCCGGCAACUUCACACACCUGCCGCUCCUCACUGGCGUCACCACCGGAGAGGGCAAAAUGGGCGUCGCGGAAGGCUCUGAAAUUGAAUUUGGUGAGAGUGAUGAAAUGAUGAGUGAAACUGGAGAGGAAUGUGUUGCGCGCGAGGAUGUGGACAGUGAUGGUGUACAAAUAGACUCUGAAGACGAACUCUGGGCACCUGCAGCGGAUGAUGACGCAGCUGGUUACAUUCCCGAUAGUACACUGGCGGAGUUGAACUCUGACUUCGAAGGUGCGAUCGACAACAUUCUCCGUCUGGGGGACAUGGACGAGAAGCUGGCCGUGGCGGACGCCGUCAGGCUGUUCUACUUCGGCAACGUCACCACCAUCAGCGCCGACGCAGCCAUACCCUACGCUGAGAUGUUUACGGACCUGAACAACGGUGAGCCGUGCGACACGACUGUGCACAUCCUGAGCGCUACUAUGGAGCAGCCCGUCUUUUACUACCAGUAUGCCUACACCGGUCGCACCGACCCCUCCGUCGUACCAGGAGCGCCACACAUGGCAGACCUGGACUCACUGUUUAGCGUGCCCGGCUCCGGACAGAAUCUAGACCCAGCUUCGGAUGAGCAGAAAGUGCGCUCUGCAAUGGUCAAGCUGUGGACCAACUUCGCCAAGUAUAUGAAUCCUACGCCAGAUGAGGACCCUGUCAUAGAAGGAGGUUGGCCACGCUUCAAUGAAUCUACUGCAUAUUACUUAAACAUCGACGUCAACAUAACGCUUGAACAGAACAGGAAUGCUGAGAGGAUGAACUUUGUGCACUCAGUCAUCCCACCAUAUUACUGA